UUCGCCAAUAUCGAGAAUACGAGGCAUCGUUUGCGGCAUCUCCGAUUCCUUGGAAUCCCGUCACUCUGCCUGCAGUCCCGGGUCCCAGGUCGUUCCUCAUACCCGACUCUGCCGCCGCAAUCCCCGUUGCAAUCUCAGCCAACCUGCUCUAGAUAGACUGUCCUGCCGCUCUAUGCUCUCUGAAUGACCGACAACCCCCCCCAGGUCCUGGCAACCGCCGACUUGACCCCAGUAUCCCCGGCGCCUCUCCACCCACCCUCCCCUGUAAUAGUGCUGCAGGAUCAAGCCGACGCUCUAUACACAAUGUCACUCCCCAAUGACAGCCAGGCGAUUGCCGGCUUCGCAGCAGCCUCUCGUCAACCGGCGGGCGAGGACCCGAAUGGCAUUCUUGCUGUCGACAUCCAGGAUGACACCCAUAGCACCAAUGCUACCAGCACAACCAGUUCUAAUGAGAUUGGCCUUGACGACGACAGCAGCUCCGAGGAUCAGGAAGCAGAAGAUGAAGAUGAAGGGGCACCUUUAGCCAUAGAUGAAGAAAAAGCUCAGCACCCCGGUCAGCAGGGAGCUGCCUCUGCUGCUGCUGCUGCUGAGAUCCACCAAGAUGUAUCCAAGACGAUCGAUUCCACACUUAAUUCUGAUACGUCUCACUCGUUGAGAAAACAUUCUGAACUCGUCGUUCCUGCACAUGAAGUAUCGUCUACCAGUACUACUCAGUCUGCGCACCAGUCCGUUCCGAGCCCGAGCCCACAGCAAUCUCAGGGACCCCGAGAGCUCCAAGAGCCGCCAGGGCACGCUGUAGUUCCCUUAUCGACAAACCACCCCGGCCCGUCUCAGCCACCUACCACAGACACGUCCGCUGAGCAGAGUGAUGUCACAUCCAAUGCUGCCAAUAAUGAGAUUGAUAUACAGAGUCUAGUCGAUAAGAUCAUAGGAAAUGCUCCUACGAGUGAUGCCAGCCAAGCGUCGGUACCACAGUCUUCUGCUGCCACCCUUCCUGCUACCUCCCAAGCAUCCUCUUUGCCACCUAGACCCCCCAUGCCUCAGCAGCCGGCCCAGUCGCCAUAUGUGCGUCCUGAAGAUGCUCUCAUGUACCAACAAGCGCUCUCCCAUUCUGGUGUUACGACGCCCUCCAGCAUUCCUCCACCUCCAGGUACCUAUCCUGCUGGCGCUCCCGGGACUGCUCCGGACGCUCGCAGCAACCUUCCACCUCCCCCGGCACCUUCGCAUAGUGCCUUGGCUGCUCAGUUAACAGUGCCGCAAUUUGACCAUGUCUACGCUGCUGCCACUGCCACGAGCACACAGCCCCCAGUUGCCGAUCAACCCCAGAAGUGGGAAACCUUCCUGCAGGAAGAACGACGAUAUGUGUCUGAGGCUAAAUGGGACCGCUUUCCAGACGGGUCCCGGCUCUUCAUCGGAAAUUUGUCUAGUGACCGAGUCUCUAAGAAGGAAGUUUUCGACAUAUUCUCCAAGUAUGGCCGUCUGGCACAGAUAUCUCUGAAGCAGGCCUAUGGGUUCGUCCAGUAUCACUUGCUAGCGGAGGGCGAAGCCGCGAUGGAGAAACUUCAGGGUAUCGAAGUUAGAGGACGAAAGAUACACCUCGAAUUCUCCCGAAGCCAGAAAAAGGACAACGAGGGCGAGAAACGCGGAAACCGGAACAAGAGAGACAACGAUCGCCACGACGGCGGGCGUGCUCGACGCGACGAUUACCGACCGGGUUCCGGCCGACAGUCUUCUCCUCGAAGGGGAUCCCACCGCCAGCAAAACUCUUAUGACGAUAGCCGCAGCUACCGUGAUGGCUUGGACUCGGGUCGUGGCCGUUCGCGAUCUCCUGGUUAUGGAAGACGCGACUCGGCCCACUACCGACGACGAAGCCCUAGCCCCUAUCGUCGUCACUCUUCCGGAGCAGAGCUAGAUAUCCCCCGUCGAUACGGAGGCGAGAUACCCGACGUUCAGUUCCUCUUGCUACAAGAAGUCGAGAGAGACUUCGUAAGUUGGGUUGAGGGUGCCUUUGUUAGCCAAGGUUUGAAGGUGCAUGUUAUGUUUCUGAACCCUCACUUCCCCCGAGAUGCCGUGAUACAUCGUCAGGUCGUGGAGGGCGUACACGCAGUGGUCGAACUCGACUUCCACGCACGCCAGUCCGGCACAAUUUCCUUGCAGGUAUUCGACCGUUCCGCCGGCCGUGAUAACGUGCGCUAUGACCAGUACCGAGACCUGGAUCCUCUCAUCGCCGCGCAGCUCGUCACCCGCACCAAGACGCAGGCUCAAAUGCCUCCUUACAAUGUGCCAUACCCACCCAUGCAGCAGUACCCGCAGACCGCACCGUCUCCCUACCUAGCGGCUCCUUAUCCCAACCAACACUAUGCCGGUGGCGCCGCUCCUGGUGGACCUGCCGGUAGCUCUUUAGAUCCUGCUACGCUCCAGAGAAUCCUCGGAACUCUCGGUCAGCAGGGUGGUCCUCAAGGACCACCUCCUCCCGGACACCCUGCCGGAGGCGGUCCACAUGGGUUGGCUGGAUAUGGGGCAAACAACCCCACGGGAUCUGGGGGUCCAAACAUGCACCAUGGCGUAAACUACCCAACCGUGUCUGUCAACGGCACACCGGGACCACCCGGCGAUUCCGCACAGCACGUGCAGAAUAUCAUGGCCCAGCUAGCGAGAUACCGACAGUAGGAAGUUAGAAACGCCCGGACGAUACACUCGAGGAACAGUCCCUUACGGACUAGAUACUCGUGGGUCCAAUGGGGUGGCAGUGUCGACUAGAUGUAGAUGUCUCGUCCCCCUUUCUGCCACCCGCCCCACCCCCGGGAUUUAGAGAGAGCUGCAUACCCCUCGCUCUCCGAAUAUGU